GAACUCUGACGUCAGAGCCGCGCCGGCCUCAGCGACGGAGGAGAGCGGGAGGAGGUGGUAGCGGCGGGAAGAUGCUGCUCUUUGGCGUAAAUUGCCAUCGAUUAGGGAUCGUUUCUCAGACUCAAGUUAGAAGUGAGAGUUCAGAUAAGUGAGGCCGUCCUUGCUGCUUUGAACACCUCAGAAGGGGAGAAUGGAUUUAUCAGGAGUGAAAAAGAAGAGCUUGCUAGGAGUCAAAGAAAAUAAUAAAAAGUCCAGCACUAGGGCUCCUUCUCCUACCAAACGCAAAGACCGCUCUGACGAGAAGUCAAAGGAUCGCUCUAAAGAUAAAGGGGCCACCAAGGAGUCUAGCGAGAAGGACCGCGGCAGGGAUAAGGCUCGGAAGCGACGCAGUGCUUCUAGUGGAAGCAGCAGCACCAGGUCUCGGUCCAGCUCAACCUCCAGCUCCGGUUCUAGCACCAGCACAGGCUCCAGCAGCGGCUCCAGCUCUUCCUCUGCCUCCAGCCGUUCAGGAAGCUCUAGCACAUCCCGAAGCUCCAGUUCCAGCAGCUCCUCUGGCUCCCCCAGCCCUUCUCGGCGCAGGCACGACAACAGACGGCGCUCCCGUUCUAAAUCCAAACCACCUAAAAGGGAUGAAAAGGAGCGGAAAAGACGGAGCCCUUCCCCAAAGCCCACCAAGGUGCACAUCGGGCGGCUCACCAGGAACGUGACCAAGGAUCAUAUUAUGGAGAUAUUUUCUACCUAUGGGAAAAUUAAAAUGAUUGACAUGCCUGUAGAGAGAAUGCACCCUCACCUGUCCAAAGGCUACGCGUAUGUGGAGUUUGAGAAUCCAGACGAGGCCGAGAAGGCGCUGAAGCACAUGGAUGGAGGUCAAAUUGAUGGCCAGGAGAUCACAGCUACCGCAGUUCUGGCCCCUUGGCCUAGGCCACCCCCUCGGCGCUUCAGUCCUCCCAGGAGAAUGCUGCCGCCGCCUCCCAUGUGGCGCAGGUCACCCCCGCGGAUGAGGAGGAGGUCCCGCUCUCCGAGACGCAGGUCCCCUGUGCGCCGGAGAUCACGCUCUCCUGGCCGCCGGCGCCACAGGAGCCGCUCCAGCUCCAACUCCUCCCGAUAAGCAGGGCCUGGCGCUCACCCUGCACCUUGUGCCCACUUAGCCCAGUUGUCACUUCACUAGCCAAAGGAGGGCCUGUGGGAAAGGAUCCCUUGCUGGGAGCAGGCUUGGAAGCAGCAGAUAAAACAUUUCUUCUGUGGGCGAGUUCUGGCUGCCAAAGUGCUGUGGGAUUGUUCUGUUCGUAAGGUGCCCUGUAGUGUUCUGGCUAGAGUUCACCCCUUCUCUGUUCUGAGAGUGUUCGGUGCAGGGCCAACAGACAAGCCUCCCGGUGGCAGUGCUCCAGCCUUGCCCCAGGGUACUGGGCCAGCCUGGCGGCCUGGUCAUGCCCUUGUUCUUCCUGCAGUGAUUGGCAGGAGAAAGGGACCAAGCUACUGUUCAUGUGAGGCCUGGCCCUGCCCGAGUCCUCUUCUACCCGUGUUAGUUGCCACGAAUGGGUCUGUUUCUCAUGUCCUCACGGUGCCCCUGUCUUCCCUCCUGAGCUGGUGAGCAGCUGAGCCUGCUCUGCAGCCCGCAGAACCCUGUCCCGCCCCACUUUGCCUUUCCUGAUGGUCUUGCAGGUUUGCCUUGGCAACAUGUACAUUGCUCUCUUUUGUUUUUUGUUUUUUGGCUUUUAUUGUACAGUCAGUACUAUAAAAUUUGAGUUUUGUAACUAGCAUUUUAGGUAAGGUUGUGUUUGUACUUCGUUGUGUAGAAUAAAGAAUUGUAUUGAAUAAAUCUAGGAUUGGAAUGCGAA